AAGAAAGAAUAAUAAUAGCUCUUAUUCUGCAGGAGAGGCGCAGGGCUCUGGCACCGUGGAAAGACAACUUGCCUUUGUUCCUAGACACUUGGGGUGCUGGUGACUUUCACCCGCUGCCGACCGGGCGCAGCUCGCGAGCUGGGGCAGGGGCUCGGGGCUGCGGCGCUCGCCUCCGGGGGCUGGGGCUGUGUCCGAGCACAAGCCUGGACGCCGUAGCCGCUGCCCGCCUGCAGGGGAUGGACCUUCCAAACCCAGGACCCUGACCUUGGGCCUCUGCUGGGAAAAGUCGGGGGCCAAGCCAAGCCUCGGACACCCCGACACCUCUCAGUGCUCCCUGGGUUCCAGCAUAGCCUUCCCAACUCCACCGCCCAACCUGAAGCCCUCGGCCUCGCGGGGCUGGGGCAGAGAAAUGCGCUUCCCAGGGCAGACAGGUGUACCGCAGGGACUGGCAGGAAAGCGACAUCUGUCUGUUUAGAAGGGUUCAAGGCUGUCACUCCACCCACCGGCCCCUUCCAACACCGCCACGAGCCAGACAAGCUGUUGAGAUUUUGUUAGGGACAAUGUGGAGGUCAGGGGGCUGGUUCCACCUGGCACACGUGUGAGACUGCUGUGCUGGCAACCGCAGCCCAGCAGCUCCCCUGGGCUCCUGGGCUCCAGCCAGUGCUCUCUAACUGCUGUGAUGCGCUUCAGAAAUGCUGCCUGUUCUCCGAAGUCACAGGAGAGGAGAGAGGUGUGGGCACAAAGCGGCCAGAAGGGCCCCCCACCCCACCCCGUUAGAGUCCAGAGGCCACUAGCUCAGGGCUGCCCUGGCCAGUGUGCCAGCCGCUCCUGUUAGCACCACAGUGGCACCAAAGAACUGACAAGCCCAACUCUUCCGGAAGAACCAAUGUGUAUAGAAAUGCCUGGUGACUUUGCUAUGAACGUUUGCUGGAAGAACUUGACAUUUUAGCCCCCAGUCUCCUGGGGAUGUUUGAGAGGUCGUUCAUUCCACAACAUCCACUCGGGUGACAGAACAGACUCCCAAGCACCUGCUGGUAAUUCUAAGCACAGACAAAACACACUUUGAACAUCCUCCAUUUGGAUCUGCCUGCCUCUGCCGGUAAAGAAACAAAUGUUGCCACCAUCUAUACCCCUGGGGCUGUACUUAAUUGUUAUCAGCACAUGGAAAUUUUAAAAAUUAACAGCACAUAAAUUUGUGGUCUUGAACUUCUGAAUUCAGCAGCAGAAUUAUAAUGUAAAUCUCAUACAGGGAGUAAUGCCAGUUUGGAUUCCUCCAUGUGUUACAGAUAAAAAUUCCCAUGAAACAAUGGUGCUUAGUACUGCACAGUCCAGCUUUUCAUGAGCGUUAAACUUCCCUUCUUAAUUUGUUAACAUCCUGGUGUAAAUUCUAAAUAGACCAGGAAGACUCAAUUGCAAAAUCUCCUCCCCAUUCUCCAGUAAUCCCAACUCAUUCAUGUUUUAUUCAGAUUUACAUAAAUCACUGGCAGAACGCAGCCUCCCCAGUUUAGGAUGUUGCGUGUAACCGGUUUCCAAUUCAAAAAAAGGAAACCUUACCAAAAUUAGAUAUUGUAAACAAAAGAAACAGGAUAAAAACUAUUAUGUCACAUUUCAAGUUCAAAUGCAUAAUGAUAGAAUUUCAUAUGCUGGGGAACAAGACUAACACAUACCAACUCUGGAGUCCGGGACAAUCCAGAAAGCUACUCUUCAAAAGUCAUUGAAAUAUAAACAAAGUGACCAACAUCAAACAGACCAGGAUGGAGGAUGUCCUAGUAAACACGAGGAGCCUGCCUGAGAAUGCUUUUCCUUCCUAAAGGGUGUGGGGUUAUCAACCUGCUUUUGUUUAUCUGUCAGAAAAGUUCUCCGCAGGCCAGGGCUUGGAAAAGUGAGUGCCAAUUUCAAGCUGGAUACUAUGGUUGCUGCCAAUAGGAGAGAGCUACCAACUGAUGCAAACUGCUAGCAAUAGCAUUUUCUGAUAUGAUCAUCUCUUAGAAUAGGAUAAGACAUCGGAUUACCACAUGAGUGUCUUCAAGGAAUAAAAUACCAGGAGGUUUGAUGCCUUGCUUGGAUAUGAAGUUUAAGGAGUGGGAGAACAGCUAAGUUUGAUAAAUCAAUGUUAGGUUAAAUUUCUUGGCUGAUGCCUCUGAUUCUUUAUAGAGAAUUAAUUGAACCUUUUUUUUUCUCUUUUGUGACAAGGUUUUCUAGUAAGCCCCUGCUGAUGGCUCUGGGAAGAGCUUUGUGAAAGAGGAGGAGGCGGGUUAGCUGCCCAGAUCAGCCCCCUUCUAGCCACUGACCUGGAUGCUGUUCCUGUAUGUCAGAAAGCCUGGCUUCAUUCUUCACGGGUUGGAGCCACAUUUGAAACCUGAGAGAGAGAGAGGCCUGGGGGAAAGAUCGAGUCAUUGCUGCCAAGAGCUGCUGUGUUAGCCCCAGCCCAUUGUCACUUUAAUGAAGCUGUUUGCCCUUCCCCUGGCGAUUGCCAGCGUUUCCCUGGGAGUGGACCCUUGUCAAAGCAUGUAGGUAAUGAUAGUCUCCCGCGAGACGAUCAGAGAGGCCUCCGCAAAGCGACAUGAGCUGUGUCAUUUGGAAAAGAAAGCGAGAACCAGACCCUUGGUGUGUAGCUGAAAGACAGUCAAUCUUCAGAAAGCCAGGCCUGACAUCUCUUUGGUGACAGUUCUUUAAACUGCAAAGUCAGAGAGAGGAGGUUUGGUCUCCUAAGUAACCGGCUGCUCUGCUGGCCCCUCAGUCGUUUCGCUCUGAUCGCAGACUUUCUUCUCCCUUGGGCUCAGUCCUCAUCCCAGCUUGAGCCCAGCCUAGGACCAGGUGAAGACACGGAACCCCCAGGAAGUGUUCCCCCCCCCCAUACUCCUACCACCACCGGCCCAGGUAUGGGAGACCCAGGAGUGGGGCAGGGCAGAGGUGCCCAGCAGCCUGCUGGACCAGAGGAAGGGCGUGAACUGGAGAGAGGAGCAGCGAGGUGUUGCCUCUUGGAAAGUUCCUGCCUUGUGUCUGGGCUUUUGCAGUGUGAAGAGUUGUUGGCUGCCUCUGGCCCUGGAGCCCUGGCUCCUGUUUAAUAUUCUGCCUGCUCCGUUGAUGUUGUGCUUGGCUCCUGUGGGACUGCAACUCACGGCUUGAAACUGGAGCCAAUUUUCUGUCUUCAUCUCGCAGUGUUUUGACUGGAGGCAGAUCCAGUUCAGGCCGAUCAGGGCUGGUGGAAACAACUACCAAGUGUCUCUGUGUCUGCCGCGCUCUGGGAGAAGCUGGAGGGAGCCCCAGAAUGUUGGAGAGGAGCUGGCCUUGAUCUGAGGCUGUCAGCGAUGACUCUGGUUCUGUCCAUGAAUAGAUUCUGCGAGCCCAUUGUCUCGGAAGGAGCUGCUGAAAUUGCCGGAUACCAGACGCUAUGGGAGGCUGACAGCUGCAGAGGCCUGAGCCCCCCGGGGCCAGCCCAGGCUCCUUCGCAGGGAGACCGGGGGGCCGGGCCCCCUCUGGCAGGAUCACAUUACAGGGGAAUUUCAAAUCCUAUAACAACAUCCAAGAUCACAUACUUUAAGAGGAAGUAUGUGGAAGAAGAGGAUUUUCACCCACCACUCAGCAGCUGUAGCCAUAAAACCAUCUCAAUUUUUGAGGAACGAGCCCACAUCCUUUAUAUGUCCUUAGAAAAGCUCAAGUUUAUUGACGACCCAGAAGUGUACCUCCGAAGGUCUGUCCUUAUAAACAAUUUGAUGAAAAGGAUCCACGGAGAAAUCAUCAUGCAGAAUAACUGGUGCUUCCCUGCCUGCUCCUUCAGCGGCGCCUCCGCCCAAGAGUGGUUUAUGACGCAAGACUGCCCUUACCGAAAACGACCCCGGAUGGCCAAAGAGGAGUGUGAGAAGUUCCAUGCCUGCUGCUUCUACCAAGAGUGUGGUGGUCACUACCUAAAUUUACCCUUCUCUGUCAAUGCUAAUGUCGGAAGUGCCUCCAACACCGCCUCCUCUUCUUCCUCUUCCUCUUCCUCUCCCCCUCUACCAUUACCGAGUUGUUCCCACCAGGUGGAUUUUGAUGUAGGCAGUGCACCUGUGUACAAGAGUGAUGGCCAGAUACCUGCCAAUGAAAUCUUUGUUACUAAUGUCAGGUCACUAAAUGAUGAGAAAGCAAAUAAUGACACCAGCAGAGAUGGUGGCCCCCUCAGCCAUGAACCUGUGGGAAAUGACCUUGCUUUUGAGUGCAAAGGCCAAUUUUAUGAUUAUUUUGAGACUGGAUAUAAUGAGAAAAACAAUGUCAGUGAGUCUUGGAAAAAGUCCUUAAGGAAAAAGGAGCCUUCACCGAGUAGCAAACUGUGCUGCAGCAAAGGAAGUAAAAUAUGAGCCAUCUUUGCCCCAAAACUUUGACGCAUGCCCAGCAUGAUCAAUUAGCUCUCAUAAAUUUUAUUUUGAAUGGAUUUUAUAGUUUUGUACAACUGAUAAAAUUAUGCCAUGAACAUGCCGUGUCAUUUUAAUGCCUGAAGAGCAGAUUGCAUAAAACAUCUGUAAAGUAGGCAUCAGUAAGCUACUUAUCAAUGUGGUGAUUUUACCAAGAAAACAGUUGACUUAAUGCAGAAGAGUGUAUCUUAGUUUUCUUACAGAAGAGACAAAUAGAUUAGAUGGGGGGUGGAGACAAUGUGCCCCUGUGACAUCCCCCAAGGAGCCUGUCACUAGCUAAGAACCUUCAACAUGGUUGCCAAUUAAUUAGAUGGUUAUUUGGCAAGCCGAUCAAUGUAACCAGAAAAGGAUGUCUGCUUCUUCUACGUGAUACAGUUAUUUUUUUCUAAAGAAAAGACUGAAGGCAGGGAGCUAGGUGAAAUGGCUUCAUGGUGCUGUUAAAUAUUGGUAUUUAGCAGUCUUGUGAUGUGCAAAUGGGAUGUGAUGGCAUGAAACACACCUGUCUCGGGGCGAAAGUCUACAGUCCGUGGAGGCCAUGUUCCCUGCAGCUUCCUGACUUGCCUGUGAUGGGUGUUGAGGCUUGGAGAGAGGCGGUAUACAGGGCGAUUCUUGGUGCCUUACUUUAUCUUAAUUUUUGCCAAUGUGAAAAUUAAGGAUGAAUCAGAGUUAUAGCAGGGAUUUAACAAACAGGAAAAAAAAAAAAACAGGGUGGAUCAGUAUGGUUUGGGAACUGUUAACUUUGAACUAUUGUGUUCAACUUUUGAUUCGACAUCUCUCUUCUUCCUUUAUUUUUGAUGCCUGAUUGCGUUUGGAUUUGGCAUUUUUUGAUAGGGACGGAGGGAACAAUAGGGAGAGCUGUGAGAAACCAGCACUUGCUGCUUGAGCUCUUCUAUGGCAAUGGCCUGUUGCUGGGGUUUGGAUUUUCUGGGUUUUGGGUUGUUUCUCUUUGGUUUGUUUCUUGUCCAAUGAAGUUCAUGAACCAGUGGCAUGCAUUAUCUUUUCGUCUGUUUUGCAUCAUUUCACUUGUUUAGAUUAUCAAAGCAUGUGGUUUUUUAUAUAUGACUUUUGCUAUUGAUUACGAAGCACAAUGUUAAUCAAUGAUGUGGUGAUCAAUGAGGUUUAUCUUAAAGAGUGUAAAGAUUUUCGUUCUGGGAAAAGUUAUUUUGGAGAAAUGGGACUUCAUCUGUGAUAGUGACUAUGUAUUCGGUCAACAUUCUCUGCAAUAACAUCUUUGAUCUGUGCGUUGGCAAGAGUGUUCAGAGUGGCCCUCUGACUUGCCUGCCUUCCGCUCCAGCCAACUGCUCUUGCUACACUGUAUUCCAAUUUCCAAGCCUACUCAUGGACUUGAGCCUCUUUAAACUCCAUAGGAACUAAAUGCCAAACAGAGGAAAUAAGUGAGUCCUCCCAGUUUCUCCAAGAUAAAGCUUUUUAAAAGUAUUGCUAUUAAUAUUAAAUAUAGGUCUCAUUCAUACAGUGUAUGAGUUGGAUCAUUUGGGCAGUUGUCCACAAGGACCAAUUUUUGAAACAUGUUCUUGUGUUAUAGCGAAAUAGUCUAGUAUUGUUUUGUCCUUUAUUUUCAAUAUUUGAUAAACAUUUGAUGUUGAAAAUUUAGAUGAUAGAUGCUUGUAUAUGAAUGUGUUGUAAUAAAGUGAGGUUUUCUUGAUAUAUAUUUAUUAAAAGGAUCAAAACUCAUUAAGGUUUUUUUUUUUAUUUUAGGUGGCUAUUGGCUAUAUUUCUCUUUUCCAUUAGUCUCUCCCCUUCAUAAAAGUUUAAAGCAUCUAGAAACUGUAGUGGACAGCGGCCACACAGGAGUUUUAAAAUAAAAGUAUUUUAAGAGGCCAAUCUAACACAUGUUUUGGAAUGGUCCUAGCUUAUAGGUUUAGAUUUCUGUUGAUAAAGAAGCACAAUGUUAAUAAAUGAUGUGGUGAUCAAUAAGGUUAUAUCUUAAAGUUGUAAGCUUUUUCCUUUUUUGGAAAGUUUCUGAAAAAAAUGCAUAGCACAAAGCUGUGAAUACUGAAUCCUAGCUAGUUCCCUUAUGAAAUGUCAAAUUUUUUAAGACUAAGAGCCAGCUGUAAACAGUUACAAUAGCUACCAAGGAUUGCUGAUGGUAUUCUGUACAAUUCCGUAUUAAUGUUAUUCUUGGAAGCUAAUAUUUUAUUUGAUAAAGGGAGAAAGCAAGUUGAAAGCUCAUGAGCUUAUGAAUUUGUCACAUGUAGCAUUCUUAUUAAGAGUAUCAUACCUCAUGGAAAUUUAAAUAUGGAAGAUAAGACUUAGGCUUUUGCUUUUUCAAAGCUCCUACCGUCGCCAGUGUUUUUCCUGAUGGCCAAAGCUGUACAGUGAGAAGCUGGUGAUGGUGGAUAGGUCUCAGCUGAGCUGGCGGUGCUGCUCAGUGGAAGCCACUAGAACUGCAUCUUUGCAGAAUGAGUGGUGCCUUCCAACCCAGGAACAUAAACAUGUGUUGUAUCCAGGAUAUUUCCAACACCUAAAAUAAACUAUUUUUCUUUAUGAAAAAAGAAUCCGUGACACCAACCUAUUACAAACAUUGUCCUGUGGCUAGUCGGAGGGCUUCGGGGUCUCUUGGCUCCUACCGUGGCCUCUGACUGUCCAGCUUUGUCAUUUCUAUUCAUGACAUCUCCAGUUAGAUUAUUCUGGGGUGGCCAAGGCUUCCCUUCAGAGUAAGUGAAAGCUAUUUGUUGGGUUCUUGAGCCUUGGAGAAGGUGUGAUGGCCUCUACUCCCCCAGCCUGCUGACCUCGCCAGCAAGAAGCCCCUCGCAUAGCUGUGCUUUGCUUUAAGGAAGGCUUGAUGUGGCAGAAUCCAAACUUUUAGGCAGAUUAAAGGCAAUCUUGGCUUAUGAAGGUGGUCCUGCUCCCCAGGAGUGCUCUCCCUCUAGGCGUUGAAAUCCUUAGCCUGUGUCUCCUGUUCUUCCUUUCUAAAAGUGGGUGCUUGUAGAAGGUGGUCUGCCAGACCCACUUUAGACAGGUAAAGGAAUCAUGCUGGGUUUCUGCUCCUAAAAUCCUGUGGUUCAACACUUCACCUGGAAGGGGUUCUGAGGACUGAAUUGCAGGAACAAGAGCCUGGGAGCAAAGUAAACAAUUUGAAACCAGCAGAAGCUGCUGUUUAACAGGCAAUCAACAAUCAGGGUAAAACACCUUUGCAUGCUUUGGCCUGACCUUUUAAGACAACACAAAUUUAGAGAGCUUUACAAGCUACUUUGUUAAACAAAUGCACAAGCAAGUGGAUGAAAAGUAUUUAUUUUUAGAGCUCCUGGUUAACUCUGGCAAAGCAUGGCUGCAGCCCCUCCAGUCAUGAAUUUGAUCACUUCCUGUCUGUGUAUCAGAAAGAGAGCAGCGAACAACAUAGUAGAAACAAUAUGGGAGUUAGGAGACAACAACUUCACAGCAAACAUCAAAGAUACAGGAUUCCUAUGUGAUACAGCUGGGCUGAAACUGAGCAGGAAAUGUUUUGGGGAAAAAUUAGUUGUUCAAAUCCACUUUUAUGACAGCCCCUUAAUCUUUUGAAGUCCUUCCAUUUGUAGUUGAGGUUGUCACCUCUCUGCCAGUUUUACUAGGUCCUGUCCAAGACAAGGAUUCAGCAGGGCACUAACGAUGAUGGUUUAAACUAGAUACAGGACUGUCCUAUGAAGAGAAUAAAAUCCGUUUUUAAAUAAUAAGAGAUGAUGUAUGGUUUCUAGUCAUUCAUUUUAUGAUUGCUGUGUUUUGGUUCUGCAGUUUAAAAUAAAUGCGUUGAGAAUCUGUAAGUUACUACAA